AGCAUUGGGCACCUCUGGGCCAGGUUCGUAAUGUACAUAGCCGGAGCUGCGAGUUGCAGUCGGUUCCUUGGAGACGGUUCCUUGGACUCCUCGCGGCUUUCGCAGGCGCACGUGUCGACGGCUUUAGGAACCUCCUUUGAGCUUGACUCGGAGACACAUGCGAAAAAGGCGUGCUGGCUAUGAAUUCUGCCAUCGCACAGGGCCUGGGUCAGAUAGGAUUGCAAGCAGGAUCUCUUGCGGCUCGAGGGCUUUGAGGACUGUCCAGGAUGAGCUACCAAGAGCUACAUGGGGCGCCGGAGGUGCCGGCGGCGCCAGAGCCUCAGGCCUUCCGCUCUGUGCCACGGAGCUCGAUGCUGCGCGCCAACGUCUUCGCUGCGGAGAGCCUUGCGCUGUGGGCGCUCUACGGCCACGUCUUGGUGCCAGCGGAUGGGUUUCGGCGUGGAGUGCUGUUGGUCUUGGGCGGCUGCUACUUGUUGCGGCUGAAUGCCAUGGCCCGGUGGCUGUUGCCGCGGGAGCUGGCGCUGGAGGAGCUGACGGUGGUAAUGCUGUGGCUGCUGACCAUCUUCACCUCUUUCGCCCUCGGGGCUUCGCAUCGGGGUGCCAUGAGUGCUCCAGAGCUUGCGCUGGCGGUGGGUCUCUACUCCCUCGGCUCCUGGCUGAACACCUGGUCUGAGCUGCAGAGAAAGUGGUGGAAGCAACUGCCUGAGAAUCGGGGCCGGUGCUACACGCAGGGGCUCUUUGCCCUCAGCCGGAACAUCAAUUAUUUGGGCGAUGUGGUGCUGUUUGCUGGUUGGGCAGCUGCUUCAGGGUGCUGGUGGAACGUUUGGGUGCCCAUCACCAUGGCUGCCAGCUUCUACUUCUAUCACAUCCCGGACAAAGAGGCUUACUUGUCCCAGCGGUACAAGGCAGACUGGUCAGCCUACAUCGCCUCCACCAAGUCAUUUGUUCCCUUCCUCUGCUGAAGCGGCGCUGUUUCCAAGAGAGUCAGGAGCACCACCAGUACGAACAGUGCCAGGACACGAGUCGGAAGCGCGGGAACGACCAAGCGGAAGACUCAGUUUCAGAUGUUCCCGCCUGUUUGACAGCCAAAACUAUGGGGAGACUUGAGGUUCCCAAUUCCAGCAGCCGGACUGCGGAACCACUGGAGUUGAGGAGUUGAGGGGGCUUGCGCAAAACGGGCGCACGCCCUUCUGGCGCACACUGUCUUACCCUCAAGAAUUCGCGGAAGAGGCAUGAAUCAUGCCAGGGGCAUUGCUCCAAAUCAAUCCUGAUACUAUUGGCACCAGAGUCUGAUUUUGCAAGCCAUAUCGUGCC